AUGUCUCGCUUCUUCCGUGCAGGAGAGAGCGACUCUGAUGAGACAGAGUCAGAUUACUCUGAUGAGCUGACCCAUUCCGAGUCUGAGGACCAUUCCGAUUCCGACUCUGACGGUUCGUCCUCGGACGACGACGAUGCCGCCAAGAAGACUGGUGGUCGUGGUCGUCUCUUUGAGGGAUCCUUCUCUGAUUCUGACAGCGAAGACGACACCGUUCGUGUUGUCCGUUCUGCAAAGGAUAAGCGGUUCGAGGAGAUCGAGCAGGCUGUUUCUUCGAUGAUCAAUGGUCAAAAGAUCAAUGACUGGGUCUCUGCUCAGAAUGAAUUCGACCGUGCCAACAAGGGUCUCCAAAAGGCUGCUGGUAUCAUCGCCCAGACCGGUGUUCCCAAGUUCUACGUCAGAGCCGUUGCUGAUUUGGAAAAAACCAUCCAGGCAGCUUUGGAGAAGGAGAAGUCCUCCACCAAGAAGAUGAACGCCUCCAACGCCAAGGCCUUGAACUCGAUGAAGCAAAAGGUCAAGAAGAACAACCGCCUCUACGAGAAGGAGAUCCAGGAGUAUGAGAAGAACCCCGAGAGCUACGUCGACGAGGAGGUUGUCGAGGAGAAGCCCAAGGUCAAGAAGCCCAAGAAGGUUGUUGUCUCUGACUCUGAGGACAACUCCGAUGCUGAGGCUGCCGAUGAUGGUUUCACCCCUGUCGGCGCUGGUGGAAAGGCUGUCGAGUUAAACCAGGAGAAUAUCUACAAGAAGUUGAAGGAAAUUUCCGACGCUCGUGGAAAGAAGAACACUAACCGCGAGGAUCAGGCCCGCAUCUUGGAGAGACUUCUUGCCGUUGCCAACUCGCCUUACCAGAAGAUCCGUGUCCUUUUGGCUUUGAUCUCAGCCCAGUUCGACUUUCCUAUUGGCGCCUCUGGCUACAUGACUAUUCCUCUCUGGAAGCAUGCUGACAAGUACUUGAACCUCCUGUUGACCAUCUUGGAGGCUAGCCCAGAGUAUAUUGUCAAGGAGGAUGUCCCAGAGGAGGACGAGGAGACCGACAAGGACCGUGUCCCCCAGAACGGCGAGCCCGUCUACAUCCAGGGUUCCCUUGUUGCCUUCAUUGACCGCUUGGAUGAUGAGUUCACCAAAUCUCUUCAGAACAUCGAUCCCCACACUACCGACUAUGUUGAUCGUCUCAAGGAUGAGGUUGGACUUUACUCUGUCAUUGUCCGCUCCCAGGCCUACUUUACUCGCCUCCAUUUGACCGACUCUAUCAGCCGCACUACCAUGAGACGUUUGGAGCACUUGUACUUCAAGCCUGAUGUUGUCAUCGUUGCUGUCGAGAACGCUACCGCUGCUCUCCUGCCUGCCAGCAUUGCCAGGCCCAACCAGGAUUCGUCGGCUCUCAUUCACGAUCUCUGCGUCUUCCUCUACAAGAACGCCACCUCUCUCCUCCGUACCCGCGCUAUGCUCUGCCACAUCUACCACCACGCCCUUCACAACCGAUUCUUUGUUGCCCGUGACAUGCUCUUGAUGUCGCAUUUGCAGGAGACUAUUCACCAAGCUGACGUGACCACCCAGAUCUUGCACAACCGCGCCAUGAUCCAGUUGGGUCUUUGCGCUUUUCGCGAGGGUAUGAUCAAGGAGGCUCAAACCUGUUUGCAGGAUAUAUCUGGAACCGGUCGUGUCAAGGAGCUUUUGGCCCAGGGACUCUCCCUCCAGCGAUAUGGCGCUGCUACCCCUGAGCAGGAGAAGCUUGAGCGUCAGCGUCAGCUUCCCUUCCACAUGCACAUCAACUUGGAGCUCUUGGAGUGCGUCUACUUGACCUCCUCUAUGCUCCUCGAGAUCCCCAACAUGGCCCAGGCUGGCAGCAACCCCGACGGUCGCAAGAAGGUCAUUUCCAAGCCCUUCCGCCGCAUGCUGGACUACAACUCUCGCCAGGUGUUCACUGGACCUCCUGAGAACACUCGUGAUCACAUUAUGGGCGCUGCCAAGGCUCUUUCUAACGGCGAGUGGCAAAGGUCGGUUGAGCUCAUCAAUGCUAUCAAGAUCUGGGAGCUGAUGCCCGAGGCUUUGAAGAUCAAGGAGAUGUUGGGCCGCAAGAUUCAAGAGGAGGCUCUCCGCACCUACUUGUUCGCCAACGCCUCCCAUUACUCUUCGGUUAGCCUUGAUCAACUCGCCAAGAUGUUUGAUCUUCCCCUCGCCUCAGUGAUCUCUAUUGUGUCAAAGAUGGUAUGGAACGAGGAGCUCUCUGCUAGCAUCGACCAGGUCAGCAACGUUGUUGUCUUGCACCAUGUCCAGCCUAGUAAGGUCCAGUCGCUUGCUCUUGCCUUUGCCGAGAAAGCCGCUGGAUUCGUUGAGGGUAACGAGAAGCUGUUGGAGCUCAAGACUCCUCAGCAGGCUGAGCGUCCCAAGAAGGGACCCAAUGCCAACAAGGAGCAGGCUACUGGUAAGCAGCAGCAGCAACGCACCAUGGGACCCCGUGGUAGUCGUGGAGGACGUAAUCAAUUUAACAAUGGACUUGGCAACAGCGUGCGGGGCGGCCGCAAGUAA